AUUACUUCCAGCAGCAGGAUUACUGCAGUUACAGGAUGUGCGAAAGACCUGUUGUGAUUUCCUGGAGUCACAGCUUCAUCCUUCUAAUUGUUUAGGGAUUCGAGCUUUUGCUGAUAUGCAUGCCUGCACUGAACUCUUGAACCAAGCCAACAAGUAUGCAGAACAGCAUUUCUCAGAGGUUGUGCUGGGAGAGGAAUUCCUCAACCUUGGUAUAGAUCAAGUAUGCAGUCUGAUAGCCAGUGACAUGCUCACAAUCUCAUCAGAAGAAAAGGUUUUUGAAGCAGUCAUCUCAUGGGUGAAACAUGAUAAGGAACCCCGGCAGGAGCACAUGGCACGAUUGAUGGAAAAUGUCCGGCUGCCUCUCCUUACACGUGAAUACCUGGUGCAGAGAGUGGAAGAGGAGACAUUGGUUAAAAAUAGUAAUGCAUGCAAAGAUUACCUCAUCGAAGCAAUGAAGUAUCAUUUGCUUCCAGCGGAUCAACGUGCAUUAAUGAAAACAACCAGAACAAGAUUAAGAACUCCAGUCAGUCUUCCAAAGGUGCUGGUGGUGGUCGGUGGCCAGGCGCCGAAAGCUAUCCGUAGUGUGGAGUGUUAUGAUUUUGCGGAAGAACGUUGGUACCAAGUUGCGGAGCUUCCCUCUCGGAGGUGUAGAGCAGGUGUGAUGUAUAUGGGUGGGUUGGUUUAUGCCGUUGGAGGGUUUAAUGGUUCGUUACGAGUGAGAACAGUUGAUUCGUAUGAUCCAGUCAAGGACCAGUGGAUGAGCAAUGCCAACAUGCAGGACAGGCGGAGCACGCUGGGAGCAGCAGUACUGAAUGGAAUGCUGUACGCAGUGGGAGGAUUUGAUGGAAGUACAGGUUUAUCUUCUGUCGAGGUAUACAAUGUUAAAGCAAACGAGUGGGUUCAUGUAGCCCCAAUGAACACCAGAAGGAGUAGUGUUGGUGUAGGUGUUGUUGGAGGUGAGUUCUGCUGA